CUCUUCGGUCUUUCUUUUGGUUUGUAUGCUACGCCUCGCGGAGUCUGUCUGUCGCUACUCUACACAACCUAACUAUAUCGUCCUCCUCUCCCUGUAUAUAGGCCCUCCCCCUCCAUCACCUUGAUUGUUUACCUUGCUCGAUUUCCCCGCCUCUGCUCGCGUGACCAGACGAUCCUCCCUCCACUCUGAUUAACCGUACCGGAAACCCCGCCCGAUUGCGUCGCUGUACAUAUCUUUCCACACAUGUAUCUAUAGACUGAUCGCCCUAUUGUCCCAAAACUUAUACUACCAUCUGUGCCAAUGAGCGGGACGCCUGCGAGACUAUGCGCGGACUUCUUUCCGAGCGCGCUGAGAACGUCCCGCGGUGCCCUCAUCCGACCAGCCACGCUCCGCGGAAACCGUCGGGUGUGUAGCAGGGAGCCCCGAAGAGGUGUUCACCAUGUCCGUCGGGCACCGACAUCGUUGACCGGCCAUGCAUGCGGCCGGGCGUAUGUGCAUGGUCUGCAGGACCGCCCCUCUAUCCGGGGUUUCGCCUCGGAGGCCGCCAGCAGAACCGGCGAGAACAUAGAGGGGCAGUUGGAGGGUGGCCCGCUCAAGGAGUACGGCGCGAGGGUCGAGCAGGGACGGUUGCGCGACGACCCCCACCAGAGACAAAUAAUCGAGCGGUUACAAGACCUCUACGAGCGACUGCGAGGCUACAACCCUCCCCCCGUCGACCAUCCCGCCAUCGAGUCGUUGGACCCGGUGGUGCCGAAGACCUCUUUCCUCGGCUCCCUCUUCGGCCGCGGGGCCCAGAAACAUGAACCUACCAUAUCCGAGGACCUGCCCAAGGGUCUGUACAUGUACGGCGAUGUUGGAUGUGGCAAGACGAUGCUGAUGGAUCUGUUCUAUGAGACUCUCCCGGCGAAUAUCUCGUCUAAGAACCGGAUCCACUUCCACAACUUCAUGCAGGACGUGCACAAGCGGAUGCAUGUGAUCAAGAUGAAACAUGGCAAUGAUUUCGAUGCGCUGCCGAUGGUCGCUGCCGAGAUUGCUGAGAAGUCGAGCGUGUUGUGUUUCGAUGAGUUUCAGUGCACGGACGUGGCGGAUGCGAUGAUCUUGCGACGACUCCUCGAACUCCUCAUGUCCCACGGCGUCGUACUCAUCACCACCUCCAACCGCCACCCCGACGAUCUCUACAAGAACGGCAUCCAGCGUCAAUCCUUCAUCCCCUGCAUCAAACUCCUCCAGACCGCCCUCGAAGUGAUCAACCUGAACUCCCCAACCGACUACAGAAAGAUCCCCCGCCCCCCAGCCGCCGUGUACCACAACCCCCUGGGCCCCGACGCUGAGCGCCACGCCCAAAAGUGGUUCGACUUCCUAGGCGACCCAGUCCACGACCCUCCGCACCCGGCGACGCAAGAAGUCUGGGGUCGCAAGAUCCAGGUGCCCCUCGCGAGCGGCAAGGCCGCCAAAUUCACCUUCGACCAGCUCAUCGGACGCGCCACCGGCGCAGCAGAUUACCUCGAAUUAGUCAGGAACUACGACGCGUUCAUCAUCACCGAUGUACCGGGGAUGAACCUGAACCAGCGAGAUCUCGCCAGACGGUUCAUCACGUUUAUCGAUGCCGUCUACGAGAGUCGGGCAAAACUAGUCCUCACCUCCGAAGUCCCCCUAACCAACCUCUUCCUCUCCGAAACAGACAUCAAAGGCUCCGUCGAAGACGGUAGCGACUUAUCCGACGCAAUGCGCAUGAUGAUGGACGACCUAGGUCUGUCGAUGCAAGCGCUGAAAACGAGCUCCAUCUUCAGCGGCGACGAGGAGCGGUUUGCGUUUGCGCGCGCGUUGUCCCGGUUGUCUGAGAUGGAGAGCAAGGAGUGGGUGGAGCGCGGUUUGGGCGUGGGGUUGAGUGAGAGCGCGGGCGAGAAGGAGCAUGAUGCUUGGGUGAAGAGUAGGAGUCGGUGGAGUGAGGAUAAUAUGUGAUAUCAUUUAUCUUCUGACUUCUUUGGGGGGUGGUGUGGAUGUGUGUGUAGGAAGGAGGCGUUGCUAGA